UGCCGGGGCGAUGACGGAAACCCGGAGGGAGGGAAGAGAAAGAGCGAGAGAGCCCGGGCCAGAGCGCGGAGAGGCCUGCGGGCGCGGCGGCGGCGGCGGCGGCAGCGGGCGGGUGCCGUCGGGCCGGAGCCUCCCCCGAGCCGCGCCGCGCUCCGCGCUCCGCGCUCCGAGCCGUGUGCCACUUCGCCGCGCCCCGGGGCGCGUGGCCGGGGCCGGGCAGGGCGGGGCGGGGCGGCAGCUCCCGGAGGCCGCGGCCCGCAGCUGCCUGCUGCGCUUAGGCGGGGCGCGGGCUGCGCGCUCCGCGGCUCGGUGGUCCCGCCGGGGGCCGGCGGCGGCGGCGGCGGGGGCGGGGGAGGCGGCGGGGACGCGCGGCACGCCGCCAUGGACGACAAGGCGUUCACCAAGGAGCUGGACCAGUGGGUGGAGCAGCUGAACGAGUGUAAGCAGCUGAACGAGAACCAAGUGCGGACGCUCUGCGAGAAGGCUAAGGAAAUUUUAACAAAAGAAUCAAAUGUACAAGAGGUCCGCUGUCCUGUUACUGUCUGUGGAGACGUGCAUGGCCAGUUCCAUGACCUUAUGGAACUCUUCAGGAUUGGUGGGAAGUCACCAGAUACAAACUAUCUAUUCAUGGGUGACUACGUAGACAGAGGUUAUUAUUCUGUGGAGACUGUGACUCUGCUUGUAGCAUUAAAGGUGCGCUAUCCAGAGCGCAUUACAAUAUUGCGAGGAAAUCAUGAAAGCCGACAGAUCACCCAAGUGUAUGGCUUUUAUGAUGAAUGUCUGCGAAAGUAUGGGAAUGCCAACGUGUGGAAAUACUUUACAGAUCUCUUCGACUAUCUUCCACUUACAGCUUUAGUGGAUGGACAGAUAUUCUGCCUCCAUGGUGGCCUGUCUCCAUCCAUAGAUACACUGGAUCAUAUAAGAGCCCUGGAUCGUUUACAAGAAGUUCCACAUGAGGGCCCAAUGUGUGAUCUCUUAUGGUCAGAUCCAGAUGACCGUGGUGGAUGGGGCAUUUCACCACGUGGUGCUGGCUAUACCUUUGGACAAGAUAUUUCUGAAACAUUUAACCACGCCAACGGUCUCACACUGGUGUCUCGCGCUCACCAGCUUGUAAUGGAAGGUUAUAAUUGGUGCCAUGAUCGGAAUGUGGUUACCAUUUUUAGUGCGCCCAAUUACUGCUACCGCUGUGGAAAUCAGGCUGCUAUCAUGGAAUUAGAUGACACUUUAAAAUAUUCUUUUCUUCAGUUUGACCCAGCACCUCGUCGUGGAGAGCCUCAUGUGACCCGGCGUACCCCAGACUACUUCCUAUAAAUUCCUCCCCAGGACCUUUCUUUGUAUGUGGAAGUAUACCUGGCUUUUUAAAAUAUAUAUAUACAUAUAUAUAUAUUUAAAAACAAUAGUUAUCUAUGUGUUUCUGUAACAAAUUGUGGUAUGUCUUGACAUUAAACUACAUCAUGGACCAAAUGUGCCAUACAUACUAAUGAUGAGCGUUUAGCACAAUUUGUUCUAGAUCAGUCUGCCUGCUGUGUCCUAGGAAGCAUUCUUUUUGGCUGGUUAAACAAAAAGGGUCACUGACUGCUUCAUCUCCUUUGCACUUGGAAAUUUAGUUACAUUGUUUAACUGGCAUGGAUUAAUAGAGUCAGAGUUUUAUUUUUAAGAUUUCACAAGCUGACUUCCACUUAAUUCAUUACCCUUUAUUUUAUUGAAAUGUCUACUAACUGAAGAAGAGAUUCUUGGGAGUAUGUUGUCAUUUAAACUAAAUUACUGUUUGAUGUUGAUCGGCAUUGUUUCUGUGUAUUUGUCCUGACAGUGCUUGCAUCCUAUUUGGUGGACUAAACAAAUAAACUUUCCAAUUUAAACAAAAA